AUACAACAAACAAAAAUCAGCGCCAUACUGAGGACCAGAACGACCAAAUAAGUAAUCUUACGCGGGAGGUAUAACGUUUUCUGUGACUCAACAAUAAAAUGCCGCCUUACAUUAAGAGAAAAAGUACAAAUGGUUUGACGGUCCGUAAGCCAAAAAAGAGUAGGACGGUGGCAGAUUUUCUUCAUUCAGUUUUGAGUUUAAAAUGGAUACGCCAUGGACAACACCGUAACCAUGCCAGAAAAAGUGUGCCGGUCCUUAACCCAGUCAAAGAGACUAUGGGAACCACCUGCAGACGGUUCAUAUUGCAAAAGAAAGUGUUUGUUUGCAAGUUUGAGGGUAGAACAUUACAACGUGCAUAUAUGGUAUUAGUCACACUGACAAUUGUACAGUCUCUCCUUUUCCUCGUCUUGACUGUAUCGUGGAGAAUCCAUAAGGAACCGCCGCCAUUGGACAGCAGCAUGUACUGUGUGCCAUGCAAUGACAUCAAACAAACGAACCCUUACAAUGACACAGGGCACGUCAUUGAUGCAUUGAGACAAAUAUAUAACGAGUCGGUAUGCUGUGGUCCAAUUCGGGACAUUAUGGAGCUCCGCUGUAAAAACGAGAUGACAAAACAAUACGUCAAAAACGCACAAGCAAAUCCGAGUCAAUUGGUCGGAGAAUGGUUUAUCACCGACUGUGAGUGGCAGGGGAUAAAAACACCUACAGGCAAACUGGUUGGAGUGGUAGAUAGCGUACCAAGUGAUAUAGUCCAAGGUCAUUCAAAACUUCGAUGGAACAAACACGGCCACACAUUCACCGAAACAAAAUGCAUUCAUCUCGAGCUCGAGGGAGAAAUCUUUAUCAAGAAACCAGGCUACUUCAUAGUAUCUUCCAUGCUGAAUGUUAAUAUUACAGGAAUGAACAAUACUACAACAACGUUCAGUCAAAGCAUUAAUCUGCUAUCCCACAAAUUUGGAACAACUGGUUCUCUCAUGCGACGCACAAGAUCCAUCAGAAAAUCAAAGGACUGUGUUUUUACAAGUUUCAUGUCUGCGGUUUUUAAGCUACAAAUGCACGAUAGGAUAUCUGUGUCUGUGAUUAACCCUUAUUAUUUAGGUCUUAACUAUUCAAACGAUCAUUUCACUGCAUACUACACUUACGACAUGCCCUAAAUUCGGGAACCUCA